GCCGCGGCCUCGAUGCUCGCCAGCACCGACGAGGCGCCGGCGGUGCACCACGGCGCCGUGGCGAAGGCCGCACCCGCGCAGCGGGCCGCCGCUCGGGAGGCGUACCCGGCGGCGCCCGCUGCGGAGGUGCCGCUGGCGCCCACGCCGCAGCGGCAGACUCCGAUGACGCCGUGGCUAGACCCCCUCGACGUUAUCUGCAGCGUCCUGCAGCCGCUGGCGCCGAUGGCGCCCAUGACGCCGGCGCCGCCGCCGGCGAUGGCGCCAUCGGCGCCGCUGGCCCCCGCGGUGCCGCUGGAGCUCGGGGCGUACGCGUACCUGGGCCUCCCGGCGGGGCCUCCGCUAGCAGCCUGCGGAGCGGACGCCACUUCGCCCG